CCCCACCCUCUGGCUCAACUCACUCUUACAAUUUUAAUCCUCAGCUCUCAGAUUUUUUGUUUUUUUUUUCUGGGUGUUUUAUGGUGAUUUUCGUUUAUGCGAAUGAUUCGGAUAUUUAUAUAAAUUACAAUGAUUUUAUUUUAUUUUAUAUAAUUACUUAUAAUGAAGUUGUUUGUUACCUGGGUUUUGACUACUGGCAUUUCAUAUGCGUUUGAAAAUUAUGCUAUCCAGAUGCUGCAGAAGAGGAUGUCAAUAGAUAUGAAAGAUCAUUUAAGAAGCUUCCACCUGCCCAUAAGGCUUUACUAUCGCACUACCCUAUGAAGUUCCAAAGACUAAGACGGUGUAUUUCAACAAACUCAUAUUUCAUAUUUAAUAUGCUUCAGGCAUUUGAACCCCCACUUGAUAUGAGCCAGGAGCUAGAUAUUUGUGAGAACCCCCAUUCUGAAGAUGUCCUGAAUGAUCAUGUCUCUGGAGCAGGGGAUUGUUGUCAGUCUCCCGUUUCAAGUGGAAGAAUGAGUUUUUCCAAAUCAAAUCAAGCCUGUUGUAUGGAAGAAAGCAAUGUAAUCAGCAACUCACCAAAAGGAGUCACUACCAAUAAGGAGAUGGAUAUUGAAGGUCAAUGUGAUUCCAUUACUGGGACCAAAGCUCUUGACUGGGAAAAUAAUGAAGAGAUAAACAAUUGCCAUGGAAACUAUGCCAUUGAUUCAAAUGGAAAUGUGUCAACUCAUGCAUGGUUGGAUCCAUCACAUCAGUUACAUGUCCCUUUAGUUGAUGUUGACAAGGUCCGUUGUAUUAUAAGGAAUAUAGUUAGAGAUUGGGCAGCAGAGGGGCAGAAAGAACGCGAUCAAUGCUACAAGCCUAUCCUCAAGGAACUUGAUGCUCUAUUUCCUAACCGCUGUGAGAAAAGCCCUCCUGCCUGUUUAGUUCCUGGAGCUGGACUUGGAAGGCUGGCUCUAGAGAUCUCAAGUCUAGGUUUUAUAAGCCAGGGAAAUGAAUUUUCAUACUACAUGAUGAUAUGCUCAAGUUUUAUUCUUAAUCAUACCCAGAGUGCCGGGGAGUGGAAAAUAUAUCCAUGGAUACACAGCAAUUGUAAUUCAUUGUCAGAUAGUGACCAACUCCGUCCUGUUUCAAUACCAGAUAUUCAUCCAGCUAGUGCAGGGAUCACUGAAGGCUUUUCGAUGUGUGGUGGUGACUUUGUUGAAGUUUACGGUGAUCCAAGCCAAGAAGGUAUCUGGGAUGCAGUGGUUACCUGUUUCUUUAUUGAUACUGCACACAACAUUGUUGAAUACAUUGAAAUCAUAUCAAGAAUAUUGAAAGAUGGUGGAGUUUGGAUAAAUUUAGGUCCGCUACUAUAUCACUUUGCAGAUAUGUAUGGGCAAGAAGAUGAAAUGUCUAUUGAACUAAGUUUGGAAGAUGUGAAAAGGGUUGCUUUGCAUUAUGGAUUUCAGUGUGAGAAGGAGAGUACUAUUGAGACGACAUAUACCACAAAUCCUCGAUCAAUGAUGCAAAACCGAUAUUAUGCUGCAUUUUGGACGAUGAGAAAGCGGUCCACAGCAGGAGAAAAGAAUGCGCCUACGUAAGAUAUUACCUAGUUUGUGCUCGAGUGGAGCUUUAUUUUAAAAUACGUAUAAUUUGCAGUGGUCAUACUGAAAUAUAUGGUAAUUUUUUUACAGUUAAAAGGGUUUGAACAAUGUACAAUUAUUUGUGAACCAUCUUUGACAGAUUCGAAGUCUUUUUCUGAUUCUUUGCAGAGUUUCAUGUAAUCAAUAUUUAUUAUUAAAUUUUGUCAUUUAUUUAAAAAAAAAAAAA